AUUCUCUGUGAUUUCGAGGAUAAUAAAAUUGUUUAGUUGCCCACUUAAGAGUCUAGGCAAAUGUUUUUAACAAUUUUAAUAUGGGCAGUUGUUUUAACUCUAGGUGAGAUGUUUGCUUCAAAACGAAAUUAAUUUUUUGAACAAUAAAUUCUAUUUUUUGAUUUUUCAUUAAUGGCAUAUUAUAUUUAAGCAUUGAUUUGUCUUUUGUCUGCGUUUUUAAGACAUUCAGAAGACAGGUUUAGAAUGUAGAACAAUUAAAUUGAAGAUAAUGGAUUGCUGCUUUUAAAAAUUCAAUUAAAUAAUGCUUUUUUGUGGUAUUGAGUGUAUUUGAUUGAAAAGAAAUCACAUUUUCACAUAGCCAGUAGCUUCUUCACAUAGCCAGUAGCUUCUUCACAUAGCCAAUGGCAUCUUCACAUAGCCAGUUGCUUCUUCACAUAGCUAGUUGCUUCUUCACAUAGCCCAGGGGUCUCAAAACGCAAAUUAUCCGGGGGCCGCAAGAAGGUAGAGUCUGAGUGAGACUGGGCCACAAGAAGGUAGAGUCUGAGUGAGACUGGGCCCCAUCAAUUAUGCCACAAAAAGAAAGUGAUGAUUAAAUUCAAUAAAGUACAACUGUUACCAACGGAGCAACCAUUAUGGUGACAAAUAAAAACAUUAAGGGUUCUCAAAUAUUAGGCUACACUUUCUCCCUCUUACUCCUUGUUACGAUAUAGACAAUUAUGUUUGUGUAUUACCCACUAACUGUCUUUUUAAACCUUUGAUAUAUGUAUAUGAUAUUUUCGAAGCAUAUUUUCUCAGAACCGCACUUUUACUGCCAUGUCCGUCUCAUAAAAUGCUAUAAAAUAAAAUAAGUUUAGUCCGAUUUCAGAACGGCUCUUACCAUUAGAAUCAACCUCCAAACCUCCAAACCUCCAAACCUCCAAACCUCCAAACCUACAGGUACACGAUCAAAAAAGAAUGAGAAAAGUCGGUGAGACUCGACUGAAACCAUCGCGGAAAGUCACAUUAUAGAUAUGAGAGUGGGGAAAGCUCGCGGGCCGCAUUACACUAAACUUUGCUGUCCUGUAUCGGGCCGCAAAAUAUCGUCUUGUGGGCCGCGAGUUUAAGACCCCUGACACAGCCAAAAAACAUCUUCACAUAGCCUGUAGCAUGUUCACAUAGCCAGUAGUCAGUAAAUCUUUACAUAGCCAGUCGCCAGCAACAUCUUCACAUAAACCAAUAACAUCUUCACAUAUCCAGUAACUUCUUCACAUUGAAAGUAACAUCUUCACAUUGCCAGUAACAUCUUCACAUAGCCAGUACCAUCUUCACAUAGUCAGUAACAUCUUCACAUAGCCAGUAACAUCUUCACAUAGCCUGUAACUUCUUCACAUUGCCAGUUACAUCUUCACAUUGCCAGUAACAUAUUCACAUUGCUAGGAACAUCUUCACAUAGCCAGUAGCAUCUUUACCUAGCCAGUCACCAGUAACAUCUUCACAUAACCAAUAACAUCUUCACAUAUCAAGUACCAUCUUCACAUAUCCAGUAACUUCUUCACAUACCCAGUAACGUCUUCAUAUAGCCAGUAACAUAUUUACAUAGCCAGUAGCCAGUAACAUCUUCACAUAACCAAUAACAUCUUCACAUAUUGCAGUAACAUCUUCACAUAUCCAGUAACUUCUUCACAUUGCCAGUAACAUCUUCACAUUGCCAGUGAAUCUUCUCAUAGCCAGUAACAUCUUCACAUUGCCAGUAACAUCUUCACAUAGCCAGUAACAUCUUCACAUAGCCAGUAACAUCUUCACAUAUCCAGUAACAUCUUCACAUAUCCAGUAACAUCUUCACAUAGCCAGUAACAUCUUCACAUUGCCAGUAGCAUCUUCACAUAUCCAGUAACAUCUUCACAUCGCCAGUAACAUCUUCACAUAUCCAGUAACAUCUUCACAUUGCCAGUAACAUCUUCUCAUAGCAGCACCAAAUACUUUGAUUUUCUAAAGUAUCAAUUUUAUUUACGAUUAAAAAUGAAAUCUCACUGAAAAGUUCCUUUUCAAUUCAAAUUCCAUUUUACUAUUAUACAAUAUAACAUUUUAAAUAUAGUAGAGAAAAAUUUUGAUUUCUUAAAAUCGUCAAUUAUUAGUGGUGGCUUGUGAUAUUUUCCACACAAAAAUAAUGGUAUGAAAACUAACUUAAUAAUGUUACUGAUGUCACCACUUAACAUUGUGACGUUGUGAGUUCUGUGAUUAUCGAAUCUUUGAAAUGCAAAUCGUCUUAAUGGCAUUGCCUACAUUUAUUGAAAUAGAAAUACUUUUAGCUACAAUAAAACCAAAGAAUUUUGGGAAAAAAAAGAGAAACAUGUUAAAAUGCAUAAUUGUUUCCCCAUGUUAGUUAUUUCAAUUGCAUUUGCACAAUAGCAAGCCGUAUUGAAGGCGCCCCUAAGACGCCACCUUAUUAGUAAUUCUAAUACACUAAUUACUUAAUAUUUUCUAUACUUUGUUCCACACAGGAUCAUCCCAGAGUGUGAACGACUGCCCAGCGGCUAUCCCUAAAGACACUCAUCUCCAGGUCCAUGGCGGUCUGUGCUACCAGUUCGUCCUGACCCCCCACAAAACCCACACGGACGCCAAGAAGGCGUGCGAGGCCAACGGCGGCACCCUGGCCAUCGUCUCUUCCAAAGCCAUCCAGGACUACAUCUACGACCAGGUGCUCCACACCUACAAGAGCGCAUACGGCAAGUUCUGGAUCGGCCUCGACGACAUCGCCACCGAGGACGCCUUCGUCUGGGAGGACGGCUCGGCCUUCAGCUACGAGAACUUCGCCCCCGGUCAAGGCAGCCAGAACACCAGCCUCGCGGGUCACGUGACGCAUCCCAACGAAGACUGUGUCCUGAUCGACGCCAGCGACCACGGCCGGUGGCACGACUACCCGUGCGACAGGUCCUCAUUCCUGUUCGUCACCACCGUGGAGGCUCAUUCUUACAUCUGCCAGUACGCGCCUGCCGGCAUCACUCAAGCACCGGCAACUACUAUCAUCUUUGUAACGUAGAACAGCUUAGACAGAUGGUUAUCUUUGCCACUCAAGAUGAUGGGUCAGCUUGUGUUGCACUGGUUCAUGCUAUUGAAUGCCAUUGUAUCACAUGGAGUCGCAUUGAUAAAAAUAUCUUAAAACACAUUAAUAAAUGCGUAGCAAUUUUAUCCAUAUUAAAUAUUGGCUUGUCUCAUGUACUUCCGUCAUAAGACUCUUUAUCAUGCACCGGCUUACACACUACUCAUUGGGGAGUUAAGGUGAAGAAUAAAAUCAAAC